CUGCAGUUAUGUGCUGAGGAAAAUCAUUUUUCACUCGAACGGUCUUGUCAAUGCACCUGACAAAGGCAGCCCCCAUGAAACUCUGCUUACGAGGGGCUUUGAAGCGUUUAAUGCAAAAUACUCUCGGUUUGUGCCAUUUUUCUUUUAUUAUAUAGUUUGUCUGAUUAUUUAUUUCAAUUAGUUGCCCACACAGCAGAGAUUCAGAGGAACCUCUCUUCGUCUUUGUCCUUUCCUCUGCCCGUCUCUGUUUUUCUCAGGGACAUGGUCCAGAUGGUGGCUUUCCUUCUGGUUGCUGGGACAGAUGAACUGUUUGAGGAUUAAUGGGUUCAAGGAAAUAGGACUGCAGUGAGAUUUGUUUUCAAACAAGACACAAUGCAACGCAGGAUUUUCUGAAAGAUUGAAACUAAAAGACAAUGCCGUGCCGACUAUAUUGGAUCCGACAGUAAUGUCUCAUCACUCAAGUGUUAUGAGGUUGACCAGUCCUGUCCUGUCGUAGGCGUCCUGCUGACCCUUCUCCAGUUGGGUCUGGAGUGCAGCGGCGUGUGGCCGAGAGGACUUCUGAAAAAUGAAGUCCAGUCUGAAACAGUGGCGGCGGCUGACCCUCGGCCUCAUGCUGGCCUGGGUGUUGCUGUUCCUGGCACUCUUCUCCUACUUCAUGGAGUCACGAGUGGACGACCCACAGUCAGCCGCUGCUCUCUCCUACACAGACACGCGCCGCCUGACCUCGCUGCAGGGCAACCCCCGCACCAUAAUGGCCACCCAUUUGGGGCUUGCCACCACCGCCACCCCCUCCGCCUCCAGCAACACCCAACAGGAACAAAGCCAGGAGGAAAAUCCCAGUGCCGAUCCCCAGCCUAGUCCGCUCAGCCAGGAGGCCUACCCCUAUCCCGACCCUCAGAGCCUGGCGGCCUGGUCUGCAUUCGGCACCCAGGACGUGGGCUCCAGAUCGGCCUCCGUGAGCCGCAGCCGUGAGAGACAAGAGUAUAACCAGGAUUCCCCUCGACAGGAUGAAGAAGAGGAGGAAGAGGUGGUGGGAGGAGAAGAGGAGGAGGAGGAGGAGGCAGAUGACGGCUGGAGGAGGAAGGCUAGGUAUGACGACUCUGACCCGGAUGAGUACUACGUUCCCAGGUCAAAAUCCGUAGUGCACGGUUUGUGGAAAGGGAGUUUGUCAGUGGGCAUGCUCAGUCCUCGCCUGCAGAGAGCUAUGAAAGACUACCUGAAUAAUAAUAAACACGGCGUGACCUACAGGGGGCGCCGGAGGACACAACAGAGUGGCCAGCAGGUGUUGUGUGAGCUGAAGAAGGGGGAGAAGGUUCGAACUUUGGAUGGGGCUGAAAUGCCUUUCUCCAGUUUAGGCUGGCAGAAGAUUGUACCUGCUUUACCCUUAAGCCAGCUCUACGAGCCAGGCUUCAAGACCUGCGCUGUGGUCACCUCUGCCGGAGCCAUGCUUCACUCAAGACUUGGCAAGGAGAUUGAUUCCCAUGAUGCAGUGCUGCGUUUUAAUACAGCGCCUACAAAGGGUUAUGAAAGAGACGUUGGGAAUAAAACCACCAUGCGCAUAAUCAACUCUCAGAUCCUGGUGAAUCCCAAGCACCAGUUCAACACAAGCUCGCUGUAUAAGAAUAUAACACUAGUGGCGUGGGAUCCUGCUCCAUACACCCUCAACCUGCACAAAUGGUACUCAAAUCCAGACUACAACCUGUUUGCUCCGUAUGUGGAGUACAGGAUGCUCUUCCCUGCUCAGCCUUUCUACAUCCUGCACCCAAAAUACAUCUGGCAGUUAUGGGACGUGAUUCAGGGAAACCAUCUGGAGAACAUUCAGCCCAAUCCACCCUCCUCAGGGUUCAUUGGCAUCCUGCUGAUGAUGUCCUUGUGUGAAGAGGUUCACGUGUACGAGUACAUUCCUUCGCUGCGACAGACGGACCUGUGCCACUAUCACGAGCGUUACUACGACGCCGCCUGCACUCUGGGUGCAUACCAUCCCCUGCUCUAUGAGAAAAAGCUCAUCCAGCGAAUGAACGUCGGCUCCGAGGACGAUCUCAAACGGAAAGGCAGAGUCACGCUCCCCGGAUUCAAGAACGUCCACUGCGAGCCCUGAACAGAAGGAUGCAGUAACAGUCUUUGUGAAGCAGAAGUGAUCUGCAGACUGAUGCAGGAGCGCACCGAGGCGGUUCAGAACGGACUAUAGAUGGUGCUCUGCGGGACACAACCUUCUGCUGUAGUUCACUCAGAAAUGCAUUUCCUGAGCCUAAGCUUAAAGAUGGUCACAACAGCAAUAGAUACGUCAUAAGAAAAGCUUUUUAGGUUUGUGGAUGUUUGUGGUGGUAAAAGCCAUCAAAAACUGUUUUUUAUUUUAUAAUUUUUAACAGAACUCUGUUUUUCACAGGGUUUAAAGUAUAAGCAGUCAUAGACACUGAAAGUUACACUGUCGGGGGGGGAAAGCAAUCACAUAAAUACAUUUUAGCACAAAGACUAGAUUCAUACUCGGUCUUAAAAUGAGCUUUAUUAAUCUGUCUAAAGAUUUUUUUUUUCUGCAUACUGACAGAUUUAAAGCUUAUAAAACCAUAAUGUUGUGAUUUAUAUUUUAUUUAUUUUUUAGGUGUCAUUUUCUGCUGUGAUACAUUAUGCCACACUCAUCAGCCUCUUCCAGAAUGUCUCGGUGAACUAGUGGCAAAUGAAUCAAUAGUUUUUUUUCCUACUCUGUGUAGAUGAUCCUUCAAAAGCAGAGUGCUUACAUGCACCUGUUACUGAAUGUUGUUUAUUUAAUUCUCUUCUAGUAAUUUUAUACCUUGAAAAACUUGUCAAGACAGGUAGUUUACUGAAAAAAUAGGAUUUUAAUUGUGUGUACUAUGGACUCAUGCAGCACUGUAAAUCUUAUUCGGGACUUUAAGGCUGUUGGCAAUAUCACAAGUACAGUGGUGAUAUAUUAUUUAUUAAAUAUAAACCAGGGUUUUAAUGUCUUGUUGUCCGUAAAAUCAAGAGGUUUCUUGACUCCAGCUGGAGUCUUUAAAAGCGAAUGAAUUACCAGUGAAUCUUUGCGUCAUCUUCUCUUAAACGUAGAGUUGUUCGUUUAAAGCGAUUCACUUAGUGGUUUGAGUUUUCUACAGGAGGUAAAACUUGAAGGUUUGUUAUUUAGCUGCGUGCAUUGUUUCAAUGUGUGCCGUCUGAAUUAAGAUGAACACUUUCGCAGGAUGAUUUUUCUGUAUAUCUGGUGAGGAGAGAUAACGUCUGUUUUAAUCGCUGUUGUAUAUUGUAGAAGUAAAACUAGUAAUAGAUUUCACUCAGGAGCUCAUGAUACUCUGAAGCUGCGGCUCUCACCAUGAAAGAUUUCAUCUUCCUUCUAGUACAAUGAUAAGCAGAGAUUUGUCAAGCUAAUAUUCGACCUUUACUCUGUCCUAUUUCCUCAUGUUGGGGGAUUGUAGAUGUAGAAAACCGAAGAAUAUUGUUGUUGUUGUUUUUUACAGUGGAAUACAAAAUUAGAUUUGGAUGUAAACUCUUCUCAGUAUGACUCAUUGUUGGGCUGGCCGUGGUUGUCUGGCAUGUGUGACCAGUGCAGUCCAGUGCACUUGCCUCCAGUCCGUGACAGUUUGAUUAUUAAAUAGUGUUUUUUAAUCAACAGGGUAAUGGAAAUUAAAUGACAGUUGGAGAGCAUAUAAACUUGCAUACCAUUGGAACGUUAGGGGUCAUUCCCCUUUUUUUGUUUUUAAAAAUAAUUUCCUCCUAUGGUCACCAGGGCUGCAUUUAUUUGCUCAGAAAUACAGUAACGCUGUGAUAUUGUGAAACAUUAUCCCAAAUUAAAAUAAGUGUUUUUCGAUUUUAUUAUAUUUUAAAAUGUAAUAUUUUCCCCCUUCAUUUGCACAACUGAAUUUUAGCAUUGUUGCCCAAACAUCAGUGUCACAUGAUCCUUCAGAAAUCAUUCUAACGUGCUGAUUUGGGGUUCGAAUAAACAUUUCUUAUCAGUAUUUAAAACCGCUGUGCUGCUGAAUAUUUUUCGCAGAAACCAUGAUGGGAUUCUUUGAAUAGAAUGUUCCAAAGAAUGGCAUUUAUUUGAAAUGGAAAUCUUUUGUGACUUUAUUCAUGUUUUUACUGUGACUUGAUCAACUGAAUGCAUCCUUGCUUAUAAUAAGUAUUAGUUUCUAAAGAAAAAUAAAAUAAAAAUUGAACGGCAAUGUAUGCCAACCUUCAGGCCAUGGCUUUGCCUGGCAAUUGUUUGUCAUUGUGAUGGCCAAAUGUCAUGUGAAACUAUGGAGGGACUAAACCUGUCUGCUACUUUCUCUUUAGUCUUUUUCACGCUCUACGAUCAGAGACGGAGUUGUGUGUCCUUCCUCUGUGAAUGUCUUUUCCUAAGCCUUUAACACGAGGUGUUUUAGCAGCAUAAACGCUUGUCCCUGUUUCUCACUGACGAGACAUGGUGACUGGAGACAUGGCUGUUUAAAGAGUAUUAUUUCAAGUGUUCACUGUAAAAAAACAAUAUAUAUGUAUUAAUGUGUUGGGUGAUAUGACUACUUUCAGGGAUUGGGGGCGGGGGAUGUACAUUACAGUGCUUGUUAGUAUUCAUGGUGUUAACUUUACAGUUCUAGAAACGUUAGGAUUUAGCCCAGGGUGUCAAACUCAGCUCCUGGAUCGCCACAGUCCUGCCGAGCUUAGCUCCAACCUGCUCCAACACCCCAAUCUUUAGUUUAAAUGAUCUUAAAGAACUUGAUUAGAUUGUAGAGUUGGAGCUAAACUUAGGGCUAUGACUCUCAGGGAACAGGUUUGACGCUCCUGAUUGAGCCUAUAAUGGGAAAUGUCAGCGGAGUCUCUAGGUUUAGGUCUGUUUUGAGUAUAUGACCUUUGAAAAGAGGAAACCGAGGUGAUUUCAUUGGCGAACUCCAAUGCUGUGUGGUGGAUGUGCAUGGUACAAUUCAGAGGACUGUGCCAAAUGUGUUUUUUUCCCGUGUGUGUGUGAGAGAGAGAGAGAGAGUGAGAUAAUGUUUGGUAUGGUAGUCAAUUUGUGUAUCUGUGCCAAUAUUCCUUGCCACAUCUUUUGAAAGUGUUUUCCUUUCCCUUCUAUACCUUACAUUUUCUCAUUACUGUAUAUACAUUUAACAAAUUUUCUUUAAAUGUCAGUUAUUUUUCCCUUGCUUACCUGUAUGUAAAUUCUGCACCACACAUCCUUUUAUCUGUUUUUCCCCUGCUAAUGUUAUGUCUGUGAAAAAGUAUUUAUCUUUAGAUUGUAAAUAUUUGCGAUUGUCUAUUGCAGGCCAGUUCCCUUUCAAAAGAAUUGGGAUGCUUUAAAAUGUUUAUUUCUCCAUAUGCUAAUAUACAUUUGUCAUUGAAUCAAUUUUUCAAACCACUACAUGUUAAAAUAGUCUUUUGACCAUUGUUUGUAUAAUAAAACCUUCACCUUUACUUGAUCCAGUAACCCUUAA